CAGGUAAGACACUGAGGUCUUUAACUGCUCCAGAAGAGUGUCUGGAAAGAAAAUGUCUCUGGCAAAUAUGUAUCAGGCACAUGAUACUGCAGAGCUCCAAAAUCAGAAGUAAAUCAGCUGGAUAGUUGCGUCCUGUCUUCCUAAAUAGGCAAACAUACCAGGAACAGAAAAGGGGCCUACCUACCUCAUUCCUGGAGAAGGUGGGUUUACCAGUGUGGAUGCCUGCCUCAUUUGCUUCACCAAAAUGAGUUAGGGCAUGCAGGAGAGAAGGGGGAUUUCUGCAAGUAGAACCUAUCAUGAUUUCUCAGGGGACAAAAUUUUGCUUAUUCAUACCUUCUACUGUGGCAAAAAUGGAUUAUUUUCCUCACCAAAAACCAGCAGCAUAAUGCCCAUCCAACACCUGCCUCAAGGAACUCUUAUUUAAAGUCUAUUUGUAUUUCUCUGUAGCUGUGGUGCAAUCAAGAGCCAACCAACAUCAUCUGCUGCCAGUAGGAAAUCUCCAUGUCAGUCCUUACCCUUGGCACAGGAUAAAGUUGCAACUGAGCCUAUGAGGAGGAAUUAACAGGAAAAAUCCAAUUCAUGUUCAAAGAUGGAUUCCUUGUAGCCCACCAGCGAGUCCUGCUGCUGCUGCAUGUCUGGCAGCACCUCUGGAUGAGCACAUGACUCUUGAUAUGGAUGCAGUCCUGUCAGACUUUGUUCGGUCCACAGGGGCAGAACCAGGUCUGGCAAGAGACUUACUGGAAGGCAAGAACUGGGACCUGACGGCGGCUCUGAGUGACUAUGAGCAGCUCCGGCAGGGCCACACGGCCAACCUGCCCCGGGCCUUCAACGAGGGCAGGCCCUGCCGGCAGGAGCCCGAGAACCCGGCCCCGCUGCCCCGGGAGCGGCCCUGCCUGCACAGGCAGGAUGACAUGGCCCAAGAAAAGCGCCUUUCCAGAGGUAUUUCCCAUGCCAGCUCAGCCAUAGUGUCCCUUGCUCGAUCCCAUGUAGCAAACGACUGCAGCAAUGAGCAGUUUCCUUUGGAGAUGCCCAUCUACACAUUCCAGCUGCCCGACCUCAGCGUGUACAGUGAGGACUUCAGGAGCUUCAUCGAGCGUGACCUGAUCGAGCAGGCGACCAUGGUGGCCUUGGAGCAGGCAGGCCGACUCAACUGGUGGUCCACGGUGUGCACGAGCUGCAAACGCCUGCUGCCCCUGGCCACCACGGGGGAUGGGAACUGCCUCCUGCACGCUGCCUCUCUGGGGAUGUGGGGAUUCCACGACCGGGACCUGGUGUUACGGAAAGCUCUCUACACCAUGAUGAGAAGUGGAGCUGAGAGGGAAGCACUGAAAAGGAGAUGGAGAUGGCAACAGACCCAGCAGAAUAAGGAGUCAGGGUUGGUGUACACAGAGGAGGAGUGGGAGCGGGAGUGGAACGAGCUGCUCAAACUGGCGUCGAGUGAGCCCCGGACACACUUCAGCAAGAACGGAGGCACCGGUGGGGGAGUGGAUAAUGCAGAAGACCCAGUGUAUGAGAGCCUGGAAGAGUUCCAUGUUUUUGUCUUAGCCCACAUUUUGAGAAGACCUAUUGUUGUAGUAGCAGACACGAUGUUACGAGACUCAGGGGGAGAAGCGUUUGCACCGAUACCAUUUGGAGGAAUUUAUUUGCCACUUGAAGUUCUCCCAAACAGAUGCCAUUGCUCACCUCUUGUGCUGGCCUAUGAUCAGGCCCAUUUCUCUGCUCUUGUUUCCAUGGAACAAAAAGACCAACAGAGAGAACAAGCCGUGAUCCCCCUGACUGACUCUGAACACAAGUUACUGCCUUUGCACUUUGCGGUCGAUCCUGGGAAAGACUGGGAGUGGGGAAAAGAUGACAAUGAUAACACCAGACUGGCCAAUUUGAUUCUGUCUCUUGAGGCAAAGCUCAACCUUCUGCACAGCUACAUGAAUGUAACGUGGAUACGCAUCCCUUCUGAGACACGGCAGGCCCCUUUGGCUCAACCAGAAUCCCCUACAGCUUCAGCUGGGGAAGACGUGCAGUCUCUGGCUGACUCAAUGGACUCGGACCGAGAUUCCAUCUGUAGUAAUUCCAAUGGCAAUAAUGGCAAAAACAGUAAAGAAAAAGAAAAGGACAAACAAAGGAAAGAUAAAGACAAAACCAGGACGGAUUCAGUUGCCAAUAAAAUAGGAAGCCUCAGUAAAACCCUGGGAAUUAAACUGAAAAAGAACAUGGGUGGUCUUGGAGGGCUGGUGCACGGCAAAAUGAGCAGAGCCAAUUCAGGGAAUGGAAAAAAUGGGGACACAGUAGAGAAGGUCAAAGAGAAGAAGUCAAAGUCUCGAAAAGGGAGCAAAGAGGAGUCGGGCCAGUCUGCGAGCACGUCUCCGUCGGAGAAGACCACCCCGUCCCCCACAGACAGAGCCAGCAGCUCCCCCACGGACAAGGGCAGCGCCAAACCCUUUCCUGACAAGCAGGCUGACCCCUGGAAGUACAGCACUGACGUGAAGCUCAGCCUGAACAUUCUGAGAGCUGCCAUGCAGGGUGAACGGAAGUUUAUUUUUGCUGGCCUUCUUUUGACCAGUCACAGGCAUCAGUUCCACGAGGAGAUGAUCGGUUAUUACCUGACCAGUGCCCAGGAGCGAUUCAAUGCAGAGCAGGAACAGAAGAGGAAGGAAGCUGAGAAAAAGGCCGCACUGAAUGGCUCAUCUAGUAGGAAACUGGAGCCAGAAGCAUAUUCAAAAGAAAAAUUGGAAACAUCUCCUCAGGAUAGGGCAUCACCCGUCUUGCCUCAAAGCCAUACAACCCAGCUGGUUUUAAAGUUCAAAGACCGCACUAGUCCCACCCCCGGGCCCUUCUCCUCCCCCAACAGUGGUGCCAAGAGGAGUGGCCCCAUCCCAGUGUCUGCCCACUACAGCCAUACUCCCCCUGUCCAAAGGCAGAGUGUCAUCCAUUUGCAUGACGUCAACUCCAAGCCAUCGAGCUUCCAAGACGACACCUACAAGCCAGUGGUGGGCACCUUGAAGACCUGUGCCACCUACCCCCAGCAGAACAGGUCCCUGUCCUCCCAGAGCUACAGCCCGGCCCGGCUGCCCGGGAUCCGCACGGUGAACACGGUGGAGUCGCUGAGCUGUGCCCUGCCCGCCGAGCACAAGUCCCAGACCUACACCAACGGCUUCAACACCGCGGACAUCAGGGACUGCCUGGAGUACGCGGACGAGGACGCUCCCCAGACCUGGCUGAACAAUGACAAAAACCAAGGCAGAAGCACAGUUUGCCCAAUCUACUCCAUCCAGCAGAACCGCUGUAAGAAGGAGAACUGUUCCUUUUAUGGUCGUCCUGAGACUGACAAUUACUGUUCCUACUGCUACAAGGAGGAGCUGAAGCGCAGGGAGAGGGACAGCAAGGGACACAGGCAUUGAGGAUUCUUCCUGACUACUUAGUUUUACCAUUUUCUUACUUACAAAGUAAACAGUGUUGGAUUGCAGUAAAAGGAAUCCUUAAAACAAGAAUAAAGGAUUGAUGAGUAAA